CUUCCCUCCCUCCUCCCCGUCUCGGUUUCCGGGCGCAAAAUGCCGUGAGCGGCGCCCGGUCGGGCGGGCCUGUGGAGGGCGGUCGGUCGGUCGGUCGUUCGCUCGCUGGCUCGGUGAGGGAGAGAAAGAGAGAGGCAAGGCCCGGCCGAGAGGAAGGGGAGGGGGCGACCCGGCUCCGUCCCAUGCUCCGUCGGCGGCGGGCGGCCCUUUCCUCCCCCUGCCCCUUCAUGCGGGGGGGCCCGGGCCGGGGUCGCGCCGGAGAUGGCCAGGAAGACAGUUAGCAGGAAGAGGAGGGCGGCGGCCCCCGCGGCGGGGCCCGGAGGAGAGCAGUAUGGCUGGGACCACUCAGCUCACAAAAGGAAGCGGCUCCCCCCAGUUAAAAGGUCACUGGUAUGCUACCUGAAAGGAAGAGAGGUGCGGAUGCAGGAUGAGUCCAGCUACCACCGACUCCUGCACGGAUAUGCAGCCCAGCAACUGCCCAGUCUCCUGAAGGAAAGAGAGUUUCACCUUGGGACCCUCAAUAAAGUGUUUGCAUCUCAGUGGCUGAAUCACCGGCAAGUGGUGUGUGGGACAAAAUGCAACACAUUGUUUGUGGUCGAUGUCCAGACGGGUCAGAUUACCAAGAUUCCAAUUUUGAAGGACCGAGAACCAGACAUGGUGAACCAGCAGGGCUGCGGGAUUCACGCCAUUGAGCUGAACCCUUCCAGGACCCUCUUGGCUACGGGAGGUGACAACCCAAACAGCCUUGCGAUUUAUCGCCUGCCUACACUUGAUCCUGUCUGCGUGGGAGAUGACGGCCACAAAGAUUGGAUAUUUUCUAUUGCAUGGAUCAGUGACACCAUGGCUGUUUCUGGCUCCCGGGAUGGUUCAAUGGGGCUCUGGGAAGUGACGGAUGAAGUCCUAGCCAAGAGCGAUGCAAGACGCAACUUGUCUCGAGUUCCCGUCUAUGCUCACAUAACACACAGGGCUCUGAAGGACAUCCCCAAGGAGAAUACCAACCCGGACAACUGCAAGGUUCGGGCACUAGCUUUCAACAACAAGAACAAGGAGCUGGGAGCAGUGUCCCUGGAUGGAUAUUUCCACCUCUGGAAAGCAGAAUACACACUUUCAAAGCUGCUGUCAACGAAGCUACCGUACUGCAGGGAGAAUGUGUGUCUGGCCUAUGGUCAGGAGUGGUCUGUGUACGCUGUUGGAUCUCAGGCACAUGUCUCCUUUCUGGACCCAAGGCAGCCUUCCCACAAUGUCAAGUCUGUCUGUUCCAGGGAGCGAGGCAGUGGUAUUCGCUCUGUGAGCUUCUACGAACACAUUAUCACGGUGGGGACUGGGCAGGGUUCCUUGCUGUUCUACGACAUCCGAGCCCAGAGGUUCCUGGACGAGAAGCCGCCGCACAGUUGCUACGGAACAAAAUUAGGAGGAAGUGAAAUUCUCAAGUUGUCGACUGGCAAAGGUUGGCUGAAUCAUGAUGAAACCUGGCGGAAUUACUUUUCAGACAUCAGCUCCUUCCCAAACGCUGUUUACACCCACUGCUACGACUCGUCUGGCACGAAACUCUUUGUGGCAGGAGGUCCCCUUCCGUCUGGACUCCAUGGGAAUUAUGCUGGUCUCUGGAGCUAAGAACAAUUUCCAAACAAAGAUCUUUCGUGCAAAUUAUUUCCCCCUCUGCAUUUCUUUUUUAAAACACAAAGGAAUUGUGUGACGACUACACUGUUCUCUUCUGGUUUUGAUGCAACUUGGGGUCAACCUUUUCUUUUGUUUUCUUUUCGGAAGGGGCGCAGCAUCUUCCACCCGUCUCCCAACAGUUUUUGUACAUUUUUUGAACAGUUUUAGUUUUGGUUUAAUCUCCUUUGAUCUUUCUACAACGGGGUUUAUAAACCCCUCUUUUUAUUGCAUUUCUUAAAAAUGGCUGGGUCUUUGCCCUGAGCUUAGGCUAACCAAACUUACAUGCCCCCUUCUCCCCUUACUUUGCUGUGAGGUAGAAAUCCUCCAUUAGAUCGGCUGCUGCCAAGCUUUCUGUGAAAGCCCAGGGGCUGCGAGUGCGAGUGUGUGUGUGCGUUGGGGUGUAUGUACGUACGUGCUGGUACUUUGUCAGUCACAUUACCUGGAAUAAAAGCUUCUUGUAAUUAAAAGGAAAAAAAUUAAAAAGUAUUUAUAUAAUGAGAUACGUUACUACUUUAUCCACAGAGCCCAGCUUGCACCUGGCUUCACAUUAUUUUGAAAAGUACAAGUUUAAUGAUGCUGUACUGUGGUCCAACAUGUGACCUGUGGACUUGGCCUGUCUUGCCUUCUCUUUUCCCCUUUCCUCCCCCCACGGAUCCACAGGAAGGAUAUGAGUGUGUAGAUGGUUGCAGGGCGAAAUUCGUGGUCCAUGAGAGCUCUGUGAAGGGAGGUGGUGGAGGAAGAAAUGGCCAGUUUUCACAGUCCACCUGUGUUAGAUUUUUAGUUCUGCUGGGUGAAAUGUUUCUGAGACUGGCCCCAUAGAUCUGCCAAAUAACUACCCCAAAUGGCCUCCAGCGUUGAAAAUUGUGUGUGGCCCAGCUCAUUAAAGCCGCUGAAACGUCUUUUAGCACUGCAGGGAUAGUGACUAAAAACCUAAACCCUACAUAGCUCUGUUUAACAUGGAGUAGCGAUGACUGCCUUGUGUCGGGUUUAUUAGCAAGGCAAUCCAAGAUCCCACAACGAAGCAGCACGAGUCAUAGGCUGGUCUUCUGGACUUGCUGCGCACGAGCGGAGACUUUUUGCCCGUGCCUGGCCUUUGGGGCUUUCUCGAUGGAAGUCCCACAGGGACCCAUGUGGCUGUUCAGCCGCUGACCCCGGUGCAGCUGCACUCUGUAAUUCGUAACCCCUCUAAAUUGGACCAUCCAAGAAAAUGCACUUGCAACUCGGCGUUUGUUGCUAUGGCAAAAUGCUUGGUUUGCUUCCUCUCUGCCAAGACAAGAAACAACACUGCAAGACAAAAUUGGAGCUUAAAUUCCUUUUGCUUCUUCUCAGCUGGAGUUCAGUUUUCCUGCCCAGUUUGCCAAAGGAUGCUGUUGCUGCUGCUGUGCCACAAAGAAACUGCAGUUGUGGGGCUGGAAAUAAGUAGUGAGCUAAAGAAAUCCACGUCUUGGGCGAGACUGGCUGAUGCGUCCCUCUGUGUGAUUUAAUACUCUGGCCUGGCAUUCUUCCAAGCAGCUUCUGUUGGUUCUGGAUAAUGUUAGCCCCAUGUCUGCCCUGGGCAUGGUGCAGAGCUUUCUGCCUCUCCUAUUGUAGCGAAGGAGCAGGAGUAUUGGCCUUCGGCUGUGGUUGUCCAUUGUGUCUUCGGUUUCUUUGUUAUGGAGGCCUGUGUGGAACGCAGGCUCAUGCAGAAGAAGGAGCUGUGCUGCUCUGAGCAUUGAAAGAAGCCCUUUCUCUAGAUGGCAUAGUCUGAAAGUCAGCCUGGUUUUACCCCUGGGGUUGGGCAAAGAGAUGGAUGAAAUAUGCCUCUAAUUUCUAAUUCAUAUGAUGGGUUCUGGCUGUCAGAAGUCUGAGAUCUAAAGAGAGCCACUGCCGUGAUACUUUUUUGGCGAAGGGCAGCAGCUGGCACUGAGUUGCGGCUUUAUAAUACUGUGCAAGCUUAAAGGGUUCCUUCGAAAUGCAACUGUGCUCCUGGACUUUGGUCUGGAGCCUGAAGAAAGAAAGUAAGUUUCAUAGUAACAUUAGCUUCUCUCGUUCCACUUACAAUCUGAGAUUCUUUCCUACAAAAGGGGAAAGUCCUUAUUUCAUCUUCCAUCUUACGAUUGAGAAAAGCGGUGGCCGCAAGAAGAGCUUAUGCCUCCAGACAUUGAGGCUGCAUCAUGUAUUCCAGGGCAGCCAUUUUAACAGCGAUGUUUUUGAUCCGUUUUAUGGUUCUCUUUCGCAGGCUAUCUUGAAAACCUAGAUUAAUAGAAUUUAAGAAAAGCAAAAAACCACAGCGAGCCAGACACACGAUGUGGUGCUUCCUGUCAGCUCCAGCUCCUAGGUCUGCGUCCCUUUGUCAUAAACAUAGUCAUAAACAUGGUACAGUUUUACAUGUGUACAUGUAAACACUCUCUAUAGGCACAUGGCUGCAAGGGCCUUUUUCAUGCAUUUAUGAGAGUUCGUUGAAUAACUGCCCCCCUUCCCCGAAUAAAACAGUUCCCAAAAAAUCAUUUCCACUCUUAAGUGCCUGGACACACAGGAAACACUGAGGGCUGUUUCACAGAUCAUGUGUCGCAAAGAUGGGCCUGCUAAUGAAACAUGGUCAGUAGGGGGUCUUAGCCAGGGUUGGACCCCCAGCUAACAUCUAUACGAUAUACCAGUUUGCAAAGGGUCUGUGCCAUCUGUAUGGCAUGUUUUGAACUUUAUGCUUCCAACAUCUUAGACAUAGGGUUGGGUCCAGUGGUGGUGCUCAAUUGGUGGUAAAACAUCUAUCAGUGAAACGGAGUGAAGCAGGGUUUGGGUUUUUUUUGUAAUUCCCCUUUCUACCCUACAACCACGCUACCCCUAUUAAAUCUGCUGCACAGCAGUCAGGGCUCCUCUAGAGCAGAUUUAGGGGAGGCCCCGCCCCCUAAAUUCCACUGAUAGAUACCUGAGUAUCAGGUAAGCUACACUGUUAGAUACAUACCCUGGGGAAAUUGUGAAUCUGCUCGUAAGUCAAACCAAGUGGGGUGUUUCUGAGACAUAAUCCCAGCAGCUUUGGAGACCCUAGUGUCCCUCCCAGCCUUGCACGAAGAAUGCCGUUUCCUUCCAUUCCCUUGAGGUGAAAUGAAUGUCGUCAUCUGGGUGCUGGAUCUUAAACCUCGUUAAACUUGUACUUUUAAAAAUGGGCCUGUGCACCUGGUCAACUCUUGCUCAUAGCCUCCCACAGUCUCAGGGUUAUAUGUCACUACAAUUUUCAUCCAAAUGACAGCACACAGGACCAAUCAGAGGUUAACGUGCCUUUCUCCCACGGUACCUUGAUCUUUGCAAAGCUGCCUACGACAGGAUCUGCUGUUUGUCACAGUCUUUCAUCUGGAUAUUGUUUUGUCUUUUUUCUAAAAUAUACAUAUAUAUAUAUAAUGAUAAUGAAAUGUUCUAAGCUGCAACCAACCUGUUCAGUGAAUUGUAACUUUUUUAAUUUGAUGUUCAAGAGUGGUGUAUAAAAUCAAAUGUGUG